AUAUUUCUCCAUCAUAUCGCUGUUUCUUCCCCCCAACCAAAAAAUCUUCACCCAGACACAUACUACCACCACAAUUUCGUCUCCGUAAAUCCCUACACUACACCAAUUUGAUUCUUGGUGCCUUUAGAUUCACAUAAAUCUAUGUAAUCCCAUUAUCUAUAUGAGACAUAUAUAUAUAUAUAUAUUCACGAACCCUUCAUUUGAUUUGGGGAAAAAAUAGAUCAUCAAUUUUGCAUACUUCAUUCGUCUGAUUGUUUUUGUUAUGAACGCCAUCAAAUUUUGUAAUAUGAAGUUUGGUUGCAGGCUUUCAAUCCAAAGCCGAAGCGUUUUGGGAUUCAUUAAAUCCCCUAUUUUAAAUCGCAACCUCCAUGAAUCCCCACCUCGAUUUUUGGGAUUUCCCUCUAUCCAUCGAACCCAUAAACCCUUCUCCGUUACCAAUCCAAAUUGGGGUCGAUCUAGAAUUUUUCCCGCUACCUGUUGUAGUUCUAGCAAGAAUAGUAGCAGUAAACCUAGUUAUCUUGUGAAUUAUUCGACAACUUUAGAAACUCGUGUGAAUGAGAAGAAUUUCGAGCGAAUUUACGUGCAGGGCGGUGGUGAUUUAGAUGAAGCUAGGCCUUUAGUGGUAGAAACGAUUGAUAAAGAUGAAACUAUAGUUAGAGAAGGGGAAGAAUCUAGGUUAAACGAAAUACAAAAUGAGAAAUUGGUAUCUAACGAUGAAGCUCGUGAGACGGCUGUGCCUGUGGGGAGGACGGAAUCGGAAGCGGAGAAAGAGGCGUGGCGGUUGUUGAAGGAGGCGGUGGUAACAUAUUGCGGCAGCCCAGUCGGAACGGUGGCCGCCAAUGAUCCCGGAGAUAAGAUGCCAUUGAAUUAUGAUCAAGUUUUCAUUCGAGAUUUCGUGCCAUCUGCUUUGGCCUUCUUGCUAAAGGGUGAAGGAGAGAUUGUCAGAAAUUUUCUCCUCCAUACUUUGCAAUUGCAGAGCUGGGAGAAAACCGUGGACUGCUACAGUCCAGGGCAGGGGUUGAUGCCUGCAAGUUUCAAAAUAAGAACCGUGCCCCUUGAUGAGACCAAGGUUGAAGAAGUUUUGGACCCGGAUUUUGGCGAAUCGGCUAUAGGCCGUGUUGCACCAGUUGAUUCUGGAUUGUGGUGGAUUAUAUUGUUGAGAGCGUAUGGAAAGAUCACGGGUGAUUAUGCAAUGCAGGAGAGGGUCGAUGUUCAAACAGGAAUCAAACUGAUUUUGAACUUGUGCUUGUCUGAUGGAUUCGAUAUGUUUCCAUCUCUGUUAGUUACUGAUGGCUCGUGUAUGAUUGAUCGAAGGAUGGGUAUCCAUGGCCACCCUUUGGAGAUCCAAUCGUUAUUCUACUCGGCCCUAAGAUGUGCUCGAGAGAUGCUUGCUUUAGAUGAAGGAUCCAAGAAUUUGGUGAGAACCAUCAAUAAUAGACUCAGUGCGCUGUCGUUUCAUAUCCGAGAAUAUUAUUGGGUAGAUAUGAAGAAAAUCAAUGAAAUUUACCGAUAUAAAACCGAAGAAUAUUCAACGGAAGCAACAAACAAGUUCAACAUUUACCCAGAACAGAUCCCCCAUUGGUUAAUGGAUUGGAUUCCGGAGGAAGGAGGUUACAUGAUUGGCAAUCUACAACCAGCACACAUGGAUUUCCGAUUCUUCACGCUCGGAAAUAUAUGGUCGAUAGUCUCCUCUUUGAGCACUCCGAAACAAAACAAUUUGAUCUUGAAUCUGAUAGAAUCCAAGUGGGAUGAUCUUGUUGGUCAGAUGCCCGUUAAGAUCUGCUAUCCUGCCCUUGAAUUAGAAGAUUGGCGUAUAAUCACCGGCAGUGACCCAAAGAAUACACCGUGGUCGUAUCACAAUGGCGGUUCCUGGCCAACUCUUCUAUGGCAGUUCACAUUAGCUUGCCUGAAGAUGGGAAGGCCGGAAUUAGCAAGAAAGGCGGUCGAUAUUGCAGAGAAAAGAUUGUAUACCGAUCACUGGCCGGAAUAUUACGAUACCAGAAAUGGGAAGUUCAUCGGGAAGCAAUCUAGACUUUACCAAACGUGGACAAUUGCUGGAUUUCUAACAUCCAAAAUGCUCUUAGAAAAUCCCGAUAAAGCUGCACUUUUGUUUUGGGAAGAAGAUUAUGAUCUCCUUGAAACAUGCGUUUGCGCUCUAAGCAAAAGCAGUCGGAAGAAAUGUUCCCGUGGUGCGGCCAAAUCGCAGAUUCUCGUAUGACAACCCCAUCAAAUUUAAAGGUAGAAAAGACCCCUUGUGAUGUACAGUAAUACUGGAUCAAAAUUUAGGGAAAGUUAUAGAUAUAAAAAACGAAAUACCGCCAUUUUUUCUUUUGUUGUUUUUGGGGUGGGUUAUCUGAGAUUGAUUUAUAGUCAAUGUUGUUUUGUUAUCCGAUUAAUUGAACCCAUUAAUCGAGUAAUAUAUUCACA